AUGCUCUCUCCCGUGCCAACUUUGGAUUCAAACUUCCAAUUUGAAUUCUUCUAUGCAGGUGCUCAGAAGAUCCUCAGGGCUACAGUAAUAGUACCUAGUCAAGAUUGAUUCGUCAAACAUUGACGCACGAUCCAAGUAUCGUGGUUGUGCUGUGAGCAAACAUGUCAAGCGAUCAAGGGUAUGCUGACGACUACGUCGACAACAAUUAUGGCAAUGAGACCUAUUAUCGUGACUGUUGCGAUGAGCAGAACGAUCAGAGCCGUUUCCGCAGCUAUAACGAUGACAGCUGGACGAGCGAGCGCAGAAAUCGCCGGAUGCGUCCUGAAACCCACGGCCAGUCGUCGCGGAAUGGGCCCAACGGCUGCAACAACGACAAGACCUGUGACUUGUUCUCUCGAUGCCGCCUUGACGAUGACGGGUCGCAGACUGAAAGCAACACCGGUGAGCAUUCCUCGUAUUCUGAGUAUCGCGGAUACAGCAGUGCAAACACAUCAUACUGUCCCAUGUCAACUUCUUCAGGCAAGGAUCCAAGUUGUAUGAGCAGCGGGAGUGGUGAUACCACCACCGAAUCUCAGGUUCAUGAAACAGGCAAGGAUAACUUUGAUCCAACGCUCACAUCCCAAAGCUAAGCAAUCCCAACCACAGAUCGCGACAAUCGUCUGAAUACCGACUCGCAAGGCGAGAAGCGUCGAGUGGGUUGGAACAAAUGGCCAUACGAAACAGUUGGCCGUGGCAGCGACACUCAGGGCGGGAAAUGGGCCGUUCGGGACUAUCAACCGCAUGGCAAUAACCCAUUGAG